AUGGCUACAAGUGGGCUACGAGACCAAGGUUGGCUUGAACUGAGUCAGGGGAGAAAGAAGUGGAAUCAACGGGAAGACUUCAUUGCGAGAAUCAAUCAUAUGGAGGCUUGCAGAACUUCUUCCUAUGGUAAGCAAAUCGAGGCCGUGAUGCAAGAAGACAAGGACUCCUUGGAAGGAAAUAGAUUACAAAAAUGGGCGCUUGGCUGUCAGGCGCAACCCUUUGACUUGGUUUCCUUGUCGAGUCAAUUCGUUCUUCCAGUUCUGCAAGACUGGUUAUGUCGCAGAGCUGCAGUUUUCCUUUUUCUUGUUUUUCGCAUAAAAGCUGUUGCUGUAAUAGAAAGCGCAUACAAGCUAGCACUGACAAGUAAGCCUGCUCACAAUCGCAUCUAUUAUUAA